AUUACAAAGAAGUCCGUAAUUGUAAGCUUGCCUGUUAGAUGUUAUUCCUCAGGUAUUGAAAUUGUUUGGAAGAUUCAAAUAUCAGUGAAGGACGUCUUCUACCACAAUAAUGGCAUCCUUGAAUUUGCGAAGAACAUUCCGUUACCCAGACUCAGAGAGCGAGAAUGAAGCUAGAGAAGAGAUGGAUGAACAGGAGCAAGAGGAGGUGAUUCAAAAGUUGCUACGUCGGGAUGAAGAUCGCAAUGCUCAAUAUAGACUUGUGUUCACCGCCAUACCGCUAGCUUCUGUCUUCCUCUAUCUGCCCUGUAUCUUGUCCUCCACAUCUACGGGGUCCGGGAGGCUUCUCUGCCUACUCAGCAUUACCUCCCUUCUCUCAACAGCGUACAUUAUGAAAUAUUUCCGACUAGAACGGCCAGAUCCCAAAGGCAAACGCCCCAUAAGAGACAUUGCAGCUGAGCAGGGGCCCAUGAUAGUUAGGCAGCAUCUUUCCACUGCAAAUACUGUCAUUUGUGCCCUGCUCUCCGUUAUUGCAUUUUACGCUGCAAAUCAGACCUAUCAGGGAGACAUUUUCUGGGCCUUAUAUCUAGUUCCUGGUAUUGUUUUCCUCCUUGUUUCGGUUUCCAGGCAGAUCAUGGUGUCAGUUGAUAUUAAAGAGCUCGAAGGUCUGCGCUAUGAGUAUAAAGGCGCUUAAUCACCCUGCAUAUAGCACGGGAGUUUCUCUCCUUGCUUUGGAGGAGGAUCAUUCACACAUGGCACGAUAGUGGUUAUGGAGCCACACCAUGGGCGGCGGAUGGCGGGUGUUGCAUAUCUGUCGGCCUUCGUGCUUUCAAUCAUUGAAUGCUUCAGCCAUCGAAUCGCGCGUAGCCCACAUGAGACCCCAUGAACGCUGCGGCAGUUUUCUGCCUGACUGAUGCUUAUAUGAGAUAACUACUCAUCAACCAAGAGCUACGGCCUUGGCAUUUGCUUACUCUCUGCAUGACUGCUGAAGCGACUCCCUGGGUCAUGAAACAUGGAACGAGAAGCAGAAACGAAUUGUUUACGGCUCUCUUUAGCGGUGUGAUUAAGGAUUUCUUCAUAGGACUUAAAGGAUCCUGACAUUUUGUUCAGAGCAGCGCUAAAUGAAAUACAUUAAGGUUUUCGAUUUUGAUAAUUAGAUUGACGAGCACGGGAAAUAAAAUAAAAGUCCAAUUACGAUUAUUUUCGCUUGCCAAAAUUGGCGAUAGCUAUAUGUAUUGACUGCUUAUCAAACAAUACUAUUCGCGAGAUUGUAUUUGACUUAAGUUAAUGAGGAGGAAAAGAAAAAGAAGACAGAUACAAGGAGGCAACAUGUCAGAACUUCGGCAAAAUCAAGAUACAUGAGCAACCGCACUAAUCUUCGUUUCUUGGUAUUAAACUGAACGUCAUAAAAAAAGAGGGAACUGGAACUGGGACUAGGAUACUACAUGACACCACAUAUCAAGGGUUAGUGCCCGGAUGGCUUUGGAAAAAAAUAUCGCUACAUCUCUGGAGCCACAAUUUAACUCCACCCGUCACUUUCAUCUUCUUCGCGACCACGACCCUCUGCCCAGCGCACAGCCAUCAUUUUCGCUUUGCGAUUCCUCUCCGCCUCUGUCAUAGGAUGUGACUGGCUUUCGAGUCUUUCAGGUGGUGAGGGCUGAGACUGGGUAUUGACGGUAAGUGUACCUGGUGGAUUUCCUCCGCCCUUUGCAGUGGCUGGUGAUGAAUUUGGAGGUAGGGAAAGUUCAUUGGGCGUAGAGGAUUCCAUAUCAACAUCCUCAGCAUUAACAGCGGGGUGAGAACUAGCUGUUGAAGGAUGGCUUCGGUCCCGUUCCCGUUCCCGUUCGGGUUCUCGUUCUGGUGCUCGCUCUGGUUCAGGUGAUGUGGCCUCUAAGACGGGAGCGUUGGCCAGGGAUGAUUCAUUAUUAUGCCGGGUAGAAGAAACACGCCGACCCGAUCUCCUAGUUCCUGUUACAUGAAUCGAGUUCUGUUUCCCCGCAUUCGUUGGCGGCUGGUCCUCCUCGCUCGAAGGGUCUAUCACUUCCAUAUAUGUAACUUUG